AUGGGCCAACACACUACGUGGCACAAUAACAACGGAGCACGACUAGAAAACAAAAUUGGUCAUCUUCGGCAUGAUAGUUCGGAACCUGUGCAAUUUAAAGCUGUUGGCAUCAUGAAACUUUCAAGCUUGUUUCUUAAGUGUCUACUAGGAAUAAUUUACUUGACUCUUAUCAGUGCUGAUGUCCCUCUGGGCCCACCAGUCCAGGAUGACUUGUCCGACCAAACAACAAAGCAGAACCCAUCUAAUCCUCAAGGCUCCUCUGAUGGGGAUACUGUUGGUGACAGUCAUUCCGUAACAAAGGAAACGGGUGAUGAUAGUGCAUUUUACAAAGAAGAGCAACCGGCCAGUAUAAGUGACAGAUCAGAUGUGAGUCCUGAGGAUGAGUAUUUAUUAGAUGAGAAACUUCCCAAGAGCACCUUAGCCGAUUUAGGAUCAAUGCAAGAUGCUGAGCCAGAAGAAAAAUUUGACAAUGGUGACCUGCAGGAUAAUGUCUUUGAUAACUAUGAUCUUGACUCUAACUCUGACCAGAUUAAUGAGCCAGAAAUAGAUAGCCCUUCUGAGCUGCCAGUCAACUCUGAUACAAUGCAUAAACCUGAUGCCAUUGCGACUGAAGAAAAGACUGAUACUGAAGAAGUAAAGCUUUCUCCACAAGAGCAGAAAGCAAAUGAACUUUAUGAGCAAGGAGAAGCACUGAUAAACAACACAUACCACAAAAAUAACAAAGUUGCUUAUGGGUUUUUCGAAAUAGCUGCACAGUUGAACCACACCAAAGCCUUGGAGCACAUAGGAUUUUGUCAUUUCUUUGGUGACCACUGUAGCCAUAACAUUACUAAAGCCAAAGAGAUAUUUGAUGACCUUUCCAAUCGGGGAUCACCCAGAGGUCAAUUGGGCCUUGGAUUAUUGUACAGCAUUGGACUGACAGUCAAUUCCAGCCAAGCUAAGACAAUUGUUUACAUGACAUUUGCAGCUCUGGGUGGGGACCCUUUGGCUCAGAUGGCUUUGGGUUAUCGUUACUGGGCAGGCAUUGGAGUUGAAAUGAAGUGUGAAUCUGCCCUCACUUAUUAUAGAAAAGUAGCCACACUUGUGUCUGAGUCUGUGUCAAUAUCAGGUGGACCUGUUAUCCAACGUAUCAGGCUGCAGGAAGAAGUGGAGAACCCACAUUCAAAUUCUGGUUUACUUGAUGAUGAUCUUCUUCAGUAUUACCAUUUUCUUGCUGACAAGGGGGAUAUGCAAGCUCAGGUGGUGCUGGGACAGCUUUAUUAUCAAGGAGGUCGAGGAGUAGAGAUCAAUCAUGAGCGAGCGUUACAUUAUUUUUUGAUGGCUGCAGAAUCUGGAAAUGCUUUGGCGUUAGCCUUCCUUGGAAAGAUGUACUCUGAAGGUAGUCCUAUGGUAAAACAAAAUAAUCAUACUGCCAUGACGUACUUCAGGAAGGCCGCUGACAAGGGCAAUCCAGUUGGCCAGUGUGGGCUUGGGCUAAUGUAUUUGCAAGGAAGAGGUGUUGAGAAGGAUUAUGGCAAUGCUCUCAAGUUCUUCACCCUGGCUGCUGAACAAGGCUGGGCUGAGGGACAACUACAGUUGGGCAUCAUGCAUUUUAGUGGAUUGGGAGUGAGAAGAGACUAUAAACUUGCAGUGAAGUAUUUUAAUCUAGCCUCCCAAGGGGGGCACAUUUUGGCUUUCUAUAAUCUUGCACAAAUGCAUGCGACAGGAACUGGAGUGCUCAGUAAUUGUCACAUGGCAGUAGAGUUGUUUAAGAAUGUGGCUGAGCGAGGUCGCUGGAGUGAAAUGCUGAUGGAAGCCCAUUCUUUGUAUCGAGAAGGGAAUAUUGAUGCCGCCCUCAUCAAAUAUACAUUUUUGGCAGAACUGGGAUAUGAAGUUGCCCAGUCCAAUGUUGCCUACAUUUUAGAUCAAGGUGAGAGUAUGAUGUUCAUUAAACAAGAGACCUAUCAGCGGGCAUUGUUACAAUGGACUAGGGCAGCUGCUCAAGGUUCAACAAUUGCUAGAGUAAAGAUGGGAGAUUACCAUUACUACGGUUUUGGGACAAGUGUGGAUUAUGAGGUGGCUGCAAAUCAUUACCGGGUGGCAUCUGAGCAACACCACAAUGCACAGGCCAUGUUCAACCUUGGUUAUAUGCAUGAAAAGGGACUUGGCAUGAAACAGGACGUCCAUCUUGCUAAGCGGUUCUAUGACAUGGCAGCUGAGACAAGUGCAGAUGCCCAGGUGCCAGUUGCCAUGGCUCUCUUUAAAUUGGGGCUCUUUUAUGGCUUUGAUGUAUUUAGCAAAGAGAUGGAGUUCUACAGAGAUUUAAUAAAAAAAUUGGAUCCUCGAUUUUACUUGGGUCCUGAUUGGGACUUGUAUGUGAUCACAUUUUUAGCCAUUCUGCUUGGACUUGUUAUCUUGUUACAACGACAUGGCCAGGUGGCAUAA